AUGGAGAACAAUCUGAAACAAUGUCGAUUCGUAAUCAAGAAGGCGGUUGAAAAAGGUGCCAAGGUCGUAUUUCUGCCAGAAGCAAGCGACUACAUCGGAGGCUCACCCGAGGAGUCCAAGCAACUAUGCAAGUCAGUCGAGCACUCGAUCUUCCUCCAAGGUCUCCAAAAGGAAGCCAAGCAACACAGCAUAGGGAUCUCAGUCGGCGUCCACGAACCCAGUGAUGACCCAGAUAGCAAGCGCAUCAAGAACACCUUACUUUACAUCGACGAGUCUGGCAAGAUCACUCAACGCUACCAGAAAUUGCACCUCUUCGACAUGGAGAUCGAGGGCGGCCCUACGAUGAAAGAGAGCAACUCGAUCGAACCCGGCAACGAGCUCCUCCCACCCUUUGACACACCAGUCGGCAAGCUAGGGUCAUGUACAUGCUUCGACCUCCGUUUCCCAGAGAUCGCACUCUUCGCGAAGCGCAAGGGUGCGGACAUCAUCGUCUACCCGUCUGCUUUCACGCCUACAACUGGUAAAGCGCACUGGGAGCCAUUGUUACGGGCACGAGCUAUCGAGACACUAUCUUAUGUCAUUGCUUCUGCGCAAGUAGGUGCUCAUAAUGAGAAGCGGUCGAGUUAUGGGCAUAGUAUUAUCAUUAGUCCGUGGGGGGAGGUGCUUGCUGAGCUGGGUGGCGAGAAGAAGGACGAGCCAGAGGUGAUCUUUGCGGAGAUAGAUCUGGAGAGGGUGAGGAAGUUGAGGACAGAAAUGCCGUUGAAGAGGAGAACGUGA